GACUGAUCCUCAAGACUUCUGAAGUUACUCUCUUGAUUCUUACAUCACAUCUGUGUCUACCCUCUCUGGAAAAGCAUGAAAGAAAUAAUAUCUGUCCAGAGCAGCUGCAUUUGAAAGGAAGCUCCCGCAUGCAUAGCUGAUACGCCACCUACUGCAAAACCGAGCUGACAGCCCAGGCGAUGCUGCCAGCAUUUCCAUUCCAUCACCAGGCUGGGGCUGAAUAAAGGCGUGUUUGUGUGGUAGUGUUUCUUUUUUAAAAAAUCUGAAAGCCGAGAAGAACAAGCUGAAAUAGCUUCUUCAAAAAUGGAGCGUAAAAUAAACAGAAGAGAAAAAGAAAAGGAGUAUGAAGGGAAACACAACAACCUGGAAGAUACUGACCAAGGAAAGAACUGCAAAUCCACACUGAUGACCCUCAACGUUGGUGGAUAUUUAUACAUUACUCAAAAACAAACACUGACCAAGUACCCAGACACCUUUCUUGAAGGUAUAGUAAAUGGAAAAAUCCUCUGCCCGUUUGAUGCAGAUGGUCAUUAUUUCAUAGACCGGGAUGGGCUCCUCUUCAGACACGUCCUAAACUUCCUGCGAAAUGGAGAACUUCUCUUGCCUGAGGGGUUUCGAGAGAAUCAACUUCUUGCACAAGAAGCAGAAUUCUUUCAGCUCAAGGGACUGGCAGAGGAAGUGAAAUCCAGGUGGGAAAAAGAACAGCUAACCCCCAGAGAGACUACUUUCUUGGAAAUAACAGAUAACCACGAUCGCUCACAAGGACUGAGAAUCUUCUGUAAUGCUCCUGAUUUCAUAGCAAAAAUAAAAUCUCGCAUUGUGCUGGUGUCCAAAAGCAGGCUGGAUGGAUUUCCAGAGGAGUUUUCGAUAUCAUCGAAUAUCAUUCAGUUUAAAUACUUCAUAAAGUCUGAAAAUGGCACUCGACUUGUACUGAAGGAAGAUAACACCUUUGUCUGUACCUUGGAAACUCUUAAGUUUGAGGCUAUCAUGAUGGCUUUAAAGUGUGGUUUUCGACUGCUGACCAGCCUGGACUGUUCCAAGGGGUCAAUUGUUCACAGUGAUGCACUUCAUUUUAUCAAGUAAUUACCUGUGCCACAAACAAAGGCAACAAGCAUGCAGCCGGCAAGCUUUGGAAAACCACAGCAUCAAAGGCACCCCAAAUAAUGUGCUCAGCUAGCUCUGAACUACAGAGUCCUGCUGCUUAUCAAUUACUGUGAGCUAACGGUAUGUAAAUUCCAUUGCUAAAGAUGUCCUUCUCUGGGGUGUUCCUGCUAAUCUGACUCUUCCACCUAAAAUGGAAACAGUAACCUCCUAUGUACUGUAAAUAAAGACUGAAUGCUUUUGCUACUUGUUUAUUUUUCCUUAAGCUGUCUUUCAAUCAGAAUGUCUUGGGUACUUGCACAAAAUACAAGCAUGUACAUUAUCUACUGUUCAUUUAAGUAAGUGGUAAUAAAAUAUCUUAAGGGUC